GUUUAACGCAUUUGCAUACAAUUGAAGUUGCUGGUGGAUUUUUAAUUGAAUGCAAGUACUUCGUAGUACCUGACAGAUAAAAGCAAAACCCACACAAAAAAUUCAAACAAAACAAACAAAACCCAUAUACCAAAAUGUUGAAAUUCGUACUUAUUGCAACGUGCCUUGUGUUGGCGUCGAGCGUGAGCGCUCAAGAACUGAAAGUCGAUGUCGUCAGUACGCCGGAGGUGUGCGAACAAAAGUCGAAAAGUGGUGAUAUGCUGACAAUGCACUACACGGGCACGCUGACGGACGGCAAGAAAUUCGAUUCGAGCUUCGAUCGCGAUCAACCCUUCACAUUCCAAAUUGGUGCUGGCCAAGUGAUAAAGGGCUGGGAUCAAGGCUUAUUGGACAUGUGUGUCGGUGAAAAACGUAAAUUGGUCAUCCCACCCGAGUUGGGUUAUGGUGAUCGUGGUGCUGGCAAUGUUAUUCCACCAAAGGCUACACUUCUCUUCGACGUUGAAUUGAUCAAUAUUGGAAAUACGCCACCACCAACCAAUGUUUUCAAGGAAAUCGAUGAGAACGCCGACAAACAACUGAGCCGUGAUGAGGUAAACGUUUAUGUCAGCGAAUACCUUAAAAAACAAAUGACUGCCGUCGAGGGUCAAGACUCCGAGGAAUUAAAGAAUAUGCUCAAGGAGAACGACAAACUUGUCGAGGAGAUCUUCCAACACGAGGACAAAGAUAAGAACGGUUUCAUCUCGCACGACGAGUUCUCCGGUCCCAAGCACGACGAACUCUAAGUCAAAGGCGGCUGAGAGGGUGUUGGCAGAGCUGCCAAAUUGCAAUAAGAAUAGUUAUGCUAAAGGGGUAGCUGAAGCGAGCCAAUCUCACUUCAACGCACACUCAUACAAUCGCAAAAAUACAAACACACACACACAAACACACAAAGUCACACAUGUACACUAUACAUACAUAUAUACAUAGAUAUGUGAAUUCAUUAUUUGAAUUUUGUCAAAAAAAAAAAAUCAAUAAUUUGUAGGCAAAUGAAGACAGAGUUGCCUCGUAUUUUUGCAUGCAUAAAUUGUGUAUCAAAAGAAGACGAAUGAUUAAAACUAUUAAAUGAAAAAAGUGCGAAAUUUUGUAAAUUUUUAAAUUUUGUAACAGUUUUCUCUGCACCAUGUUUUGUUUAACAAUCCGUUUUUUCAUCCUCACUCAAUUACUCGUAUGACAGAAAAAUUGUUGUUGAAUGCAAUGAGUGUGAACUUCUAUUUAGCAACAUACUAGGGCUGCGACUAUCCGUGUAUUCGGAUACCCGUAUACUCCGACAUUCAUUUAAACAGAUAAAAUCCGGUUAUCGGGUAAAUAUUCAUUCUAUUUGGUUAUGCGGUUAAUAUCCGUUAAUUUUGUUUUCCGAAUAUGCGGUUCUUAUCCGAUUAGAAUUAUCCGGACAUAACUCCCAGCCCUACUACA